AUGUCAACGAUGUCGAUGGAUGGUACCAUCGGCGGGAACAGUAGAGGCUCAGGAGGUGGUGGAGGAGAGCGUGGGUUCGCUACCGAGCAUGUGCUCUUCAACAACAAAAGCAAGACAAUGCCGACAGUAAGUUUAUCGCUUCGAAAAGGAUCGGCUGAUAGUAGUAACUAUCUCCGAUCGUUGACCACACUUUGAUACCCGGUGAUAGCUAAUAUUCUUCUCACAUGUCUAUUUCCGAAUUCUCAUUCCAACUCUAAUCGUCCGAUUCUGGUCGUAAAUCUUUCUACACCGCCACCCAGAUAGGUGUGAUGGCUGCUGCACAAGUCGUCAUCAACCAAGAGGGAUCGGCCAAUCUCUUCGUCAGCCCACAAAACACUCUUUGACACACAAAAUGCGCGCACGGACGGGACGGGGACAUUGCAUACGCUCACGGACUGAGACGCUCACCCCGCCAACACAUCCGCACUCACGCACUCACUCACAUUCACUUAAACACAAAACGCUAACCAACCGUCGUCCUCGUCGAAAGCGACUCGGUGUUUGGCUUGGCCCGGCUGCUUUCUUCUUCUUCUUCUUCGUUCUCAUCCGGCCGUCCGUCUGUGGUGAACGACAACGAUGGCGAAGCCAGGGCUAAACCAAUUUUUCUCAUUCGGGCCCUCUUGGAUGCCCGCUCAUUCAUAAAUCUCCUCUGUCGGUUGCACACUAAACAAUUGGAGGGGCGACACUACCGAGCGGCCCCGUCAUGUCGUUCAUCAUGUGCUCUUUUGACUCUUUCUUACCACGGCAGGAGAAACUGGAGAAAGAGGAUGAAAACCAAAGUAUGAGUACGGUGAGCGUUCAAAUUUAGUACUUCUUCUCCGCAACACAAUAGUUUUCAAAAAAGUGCUCGAAAAGUAGAUGCGGAAUGCGAUGCCUUUCGACACAUUAAUCGCGAUUAGAAUGCAUUGUUUCGUCGACGUUUCUAGUUUUCCAAACGGAUAAUUUAGUCAUCUUCUGAUGCUGUCACUCUGUUCGAGCACCCCACUAAAAUUAGAAUUCGGUUUUCUCCGCAUCUACGUAGAAUCAACCGCUGUCGCCCUCCUGAUGCGUCACUACUUCCAUCCCUUUUGCCGUUUCCCACACGUAAUUCUUCUAACAUCUUCCGGUCGUGCUCUAUCCAGUUUCUAUCGACCGUAUUGUACAUACCCUCAUGGAAGAAAGGUUGAUGCCAGAGUCCGGUUAACAGCUGCUCUUCUCUCCCCCCCCCACCUGCUACUCAUUCCGUUGAAGGACAUUCCUUGAUCAUUCUCACGUUCUUUUGUAAAAAUUCGAUUCGUUAAGAACAAAUAAUUUGUGAAUUUUUCUUUCAAAAUAACAGUGAGGUUGAGAAACGUUUGAUACGAACUUGUGAUCGAUGUUGCUGUUGAUGAGAUUGAAAAAAGAGAGAGAAGAGUGGAGGUCGGGAGAAAGAAGACUGACGAACCCUGUUCCUCUAGUUCUGUAUACGUUUUAUAUGAUAGAAGAAGGGACGAGGAUAAAACGAUGUCUGUCUCUUGCUGCCGGUUCGCCGCUCAGUCCGUAUGUCCGUGCGUUGGUUUGUUUGUGUUCUUUUCCGCUGCAUCUCCGUCCUCCCGUUCUCUGUGUUUCUGCUUCUCAUGCACUCUAUUGUCGACUAUUCUGUUCACCCGUCUGCGUCUUUGCUUCUUGCCUUCUCUCUUUUGCAGUGAUGGCAUGGAUCACGAUUUGAACGACUCUAUUAAGAUCAGUAUGGACUCCUUCGCGGGAUCCACGCGCGCGCGCCUUCAUUUCGCGACCACCGCCAAUGUAAUAUGAUUUUUCGUGAAAUUAGUCCUCGUUCUGGGCUCAGCGGUCCGAACGACCGCGUUCACACGUGCAAUCUGCGUCUCUGCAGCGUGCUACUCGUUGUCUCUCGGUCUCUUCAAAGUGUCUUUCUCUUUUUUUUUCUCACUGCAACCCUUCAUCGUCUGAUAGGUAGAGUCCGUGCGUUGGUUUUUUCAACUGAUGCGUUUUCGCCAUCGUAUGUAUUUUGGAAUGACGAGUAGUGUGAGCACUCUCUUAGCCGCUGCUCCGAGAAAAGAAGGCGCCAGGCGACGUCUUUAUCUGUCCUCUCCUUCGGCCGGGUGCGUAUUUCGUUUCCGCUCGUGGUCCCACCAGUUCUGGAGAGGCUGUUGUCCCGGAGCCAACACGCCGCCCGGGCUUUUUCCCAUUCAACACAUAUUUUGCAUGGGCAUGGUGGCAAUGGUGGUUGUUUGGGAGAGGGCCUCAGUUUCUCCUCCUGGUGCGUACGUGUGUGUUUCGACCUCUUCGAUUCAUUUGCCUCUCCCUCCGUUUCUUUGCCUCCUUCUCCUCAUCGCUCCUCGUUUUCCGACUUGAUAUAUUUCGCUUUAUGCGUCCAUUUCGUGGCGCAUUUUCUUCGAAACCUAUUCAAUGAGGUUUGUAUCGAUAUUCGAUUACGUACAAAGUACUCCUAGCCCUCCUUCCAACCACUACCACUUGGUCGUCAUCACAUGUGUGUUUACCGUUAUCAAACACCAAAGAGGAAGGCCGAAUUGCAAUUUGGUUGGCUUUGCUAUGUGCUGCUCCUGCUGCUUUUGCUCGCUCAUUUGUUUUGUCGCCCUACGCUUUGCCGAUUGACUCGAACACCUCACUAUUUUCUCUUUUUGACCGCCGCCCCCAGAUUUGGGUUUCAUUUUGUUGCUCGCUCGCCGUCUGAGUCGCCAGGUGUUUUCGCUAGUGUAAUUAGCCAGUCGGUGACGUACACAUGAGCUUGCGGGUGUAGGACAGCGUAUUAAGGAACAACAGCUUCUGCAGAUCUGGUUCUGACUUUGGGUUUUCGGUUUCACUUUCGAUCGCCCUCUCUUGUCGGUCGAUAUUCUGUUCGUGCGGUCUCUUCAUGCCCCGCGUUCACGGGGUCGUGACGGAACAUUGAAAAUUUAAAUUUGAAUUUCCGCCAACGGUCGAUUGCGUAGCGCCCCUAUCUUAAAGCAUUAGACCAAAGCUAAAUUUCAUUAGAGCGCACUUGCGCCAGUGUACCCCUCCACGAUCUCGUGCGCGUUUCAACCGCAUGAAUCGAUCCGAUCGUUUCUCCACAACGUCACGCGCCUCCACGUUCUCCUCCAAAUUUCAGCGCCUCCAUCCUCCGGAUAAUGGCCGUUUUCUUCAUUGAGGUGUUGAAAGCGCAAACAGCGCUCUUGACAAAACGGCGGUCUUCUCGUCCCUUUUCCUUCUCUGCUCCUGUUGCUCGUUUUCGUCUCGUUCCUCGCAUGUGCGCGUUUUUCGUCGUGUGUUGCUCCACCGAACAAUUUUCAUUUUUUGCGACGGCGAUUUGCGAGAAAUAUGUCUCUUCACUCUUGGGAUUGUACUAGUCCUUUCUUCUUCUCCUGUUAAUGUCUUCUCCCCGUUUUCCACUACCUAGAAAUAGUUCAAAGACCUGUCGUAAAUAAGACUGAUUUUCCUUUUCUUUACACGAAGAGACAUGGAAUUUAUCAAGCUGUCAUAAAGGCAAAAUGAUAUGUGAUGACACACUCGUAGUCCUUUUCUUGUCAUCGCCCUCAGUUGCCUGGCUGUUGCCGACCGCUGCAGUGGCUGAUGAUUCGGCGUCUCUGGGUUAGUAGUAGCGGAGAAAAGAGGGCCGAUUUGCUGAUGAGAUGAGAGUGUUCGACACGCGGAAAUGAAGAAGAAGAAGAAGAUGUCGAUGAGGCGACACAGAGACAUACACAAAACAAAACGCUUAUUGGACUUUGCGGCUGCUCGUUUUUACCGCCACUCCUCUGCCCCGUCGCCACUUCUCCUCCAUCUUUUUCCCGUUUUUUUUUCGAUGUUGUCUCUAUUGAUUCUGCUUGGUCUGCUCGACCACCACCCUUCCUCUUCUUUUUCUACUUCUUUCAUUUUUUCUUCUUCACAUUAGUCUUGCUUUUGCAUUCUUGUUCUCUGCACUUUCAUCACUUGAAACUCAGUUCACCUUCACAAGUUCCAUUGUUUUUCUACAUUUGUAGCCUGCCACCAGUUUCAUUUUCUUCGGUUCGAUUAAAAGGUCUUAUCAGUCGAAGAUAAGACUGCACGUUGUUUCUUCAUUCCCACUCAUAGUCUCUCAAGCAGAGAGUGAGGGUGGGCGCGAGCGCUGCAAGUUAGGCCAAGUUCAAGAAGAGCUGGCGCCCGUCCUCUCCCUGCAUCUGUCUCGUCGCCGAGCGUCUCCAACGGUGGCCUGUUGUUUAUGUCCGUUGCACUCAUCGUCAGACAGAUUUUAAUAGAUUUCGUGGCCCGCGUCCCCGCGCUCUCCGCUCUUCUGGAGCCGUGUGCCUCCUCCUAAUUUGGCAUAAUAUCUAAUCUAGGCGGCUGUUGGGCAAUGUUCUUCUUCUUUUUUUCCUCUCCGCCGCACUCGUCGCCAUUUUCCCCUUCUCCCGCGCUCCGUGUUGUUGUCAUCUCAGCCGUCUCAGCCUUCUUCGUCUUUUUCUUAUUUUUUGUCGUUUUAUUCUCUUUUGGUCUUGCUGGGGUAGGCCAGAUAUCCUCUCCUUCUCUGCCGACUCGUCGCUCAUCCUUAGCGUUCGUAUUUCCAAUGUGUAUAAUAAUUUUGGAGUAAGCGGGUUGAGGAUGGAAAUCGGACGGGACAACGAGUGGUUCGCAUACGUUUUUAUGCAUCAGGACCAGGCGAAAAGGAAAGAGUGUGGAGAGUGGAGAAACGCAGAAAUGCGCCAUGGACACAGGGAAAGACGACGAAUUGGUUAUGGACUGUAUCAUCGCAGCCAUCAUCACCGCCCGCUCUUGUUGUUUGCGUUGUACAGUCCUUUUUGACGGGUGAGGAGGGAAGGAGAAGUAGAAGAAGACCGAAAAUGUUUCCCGAAAUUGUCAUGCUGGCCCGUUUUGUGAUGACGUCAUACGGUGUGUUGCCCCCGCCACCGAUGUGCUCGCCUUCCGCCGUUGCUCGUCGUCCUCUUCUGCUUAUUCUCUUUUUGCCCCUUCCCUUUUUGUGACAUAUGCGUGUGCUUCGAUAUCGGCGCGUCUCCAAUUUUCUCAUCACUAACAUUCCGAAAAAGGGUUUUGAGUGGGGUGGGUUGAUUCCGAACUGCCUCCUACCAGCAACUAUUGUGAAACGUCAUUUUUCUUUUGGCCAUUACGAAAUGCCUAGUCAUCGAUUUUCAGAUCCAAAGUCACAACGGUUCAUCGAAUCACGCUCCGAUUGUUGGCGAGCAGCAACUCGGCAUUUCGGGCAUUACGAUGGCGACCGGGGAUACGGGUCACGUUGGAGUAAGUCGGGGACGAAAAGUGAUCCAUUUGAAAAAAACGGUCACGAGUAGAAUAGGCGCAUUGAUUGAUUUUCUGUGUCCCAUGAUCUCUUGUUUCCCUCAUGUUAUUUGCCUCUUUAACGUGCUAAUGUUUUUAACUUUCAGAACGUCUCCUAUAUGAACAGCGGAAUGCUCGGUCCCACUCAAUAUAUGCACAAUCCGCCGCAGAACUCUGGCCACCCGUCAACUUCGGUUAUGAUGCAGGCGCCACAGAACGGCGGAUUGUCCCGUUCGUCGCCUACCGAAAUGAAUCAGUGCCUGCAGAUGGAGGACUCAAUGGACAAUGGAAUGCGAGAGUACAACGGCAAUGUGCAUCACAUGCAUUCUCAUCAAAUGCAAAUGCAACAGCAGCAUCAUAUGCAGCAACAACAGCAACAGCAAUAUGGGAUGCAUCCGUCGUACCACAAUCAGCAGCACCAACAGCAAAUGCAACAGAUGCAUUACCAUCAGGUGAGCAGCCCGCAUUGCGUAAUCGCCUAUGUAACACACUCAUGUUUCAGCAGCAGUACCAACAGCACCAAAUGUAUCCGCCACAGAUGCAGCAACCUCAACAGUCGCAACAACCUCAACAGCAGUCUGGUCAAUCAUCUUCUGGAAUGCAGCACGUGAACGAAUCGAGUAAUCUCUCGUCUGCUGGCAGUAUAUCUGAUCGAGAGCCGGAUAUCGGGGGUACUCCGCAAAGGUGAGUUGGCAGUCUUUUCGUGACUACAAUCGUGAGAUUAUUCUGGCGAAAGCUGAUUACCCAUCCGAAAAGCUGUCGAGUACGAACAACUGUUUAUUGCAGGCCGACAGCCGCGCAUAACACCAACACGACCGAAAAGAAACCACGGAAGCGGAGACGGGGUGCGGUGGAAGAACAGGCGACUCCGAAACACGAACGAAAAAUAACAGAGUUCAUGAAGGUAGGAGAAUCGCAAGGAAGCGGAGUGGCUCGUUGUUUGAUGAACGAGUUUCAACAAAAUCAGUCGUCGCCGAAAAGGCAACCAACUAAUCAGCAGAACGGAUCGAACAGUUUCGGUCAACCACAACCGCAGCAAAUGAAUCAGAAUGACAUAACGCCUACGGUAAAUAAAGGAUAUUCUCGAAGCCAUACCCAUGGUCCGUUGCAGUACUGGCCUGCUUCUCUGGGCGCUAACAACCGAGCGACUCCAACUCCGUCGCAACAGCAACACUAUUCGUCGGAUUCAAAUUCCAACUCGAAUCCAUCUCCGCCUUCUACGAAUCACGCUGAUCGAUUGGUUCGACAGGCUGAUGGGGAGACCCAGACGGAUCAGUCACAAGGCUCUCAGGUUGGUUUUGAAUGUCGUAACGUGUCAGCAAGUUCUUUUUCAUUUCAGAGGUUUCAGAGCAGCAAUCAAUCGGUCGACGAAGUUGCAAAGAGAGACAGGAUCAUCGAGGAUUAUCGUCGCCAGCUCGAUGAAUUGCAAACAAAGUACAAUAUCGAACGACGGAGAACUGAAGCAGCCAAAGAGACGAACAAGCGUUUGCUUAUCGAAAAAAACAUCAUCGAACGCAAGGCUCUUCGUGACAAAACGUCCACUGAUUCUCCGCGCAUCGGUACAUUCAAGACAAUGAGAACGGGUGAUUCAUUCCGUGACCAGUGGGUGGACGGAUGGGCGUUCGCUGAGCUGGACAAGAAGAGUGACCAGAUCACGGCAGAGCGCAAUGAAAUUGCGAAUGCAAUGGCGUUGUUGAAAAAACGGAAACCGCUGGGUAUCGGGAAGGAACCUAAACGACCAGCAGCGAAUGUCGUGCAGCUGGAUGUGAAUCAGCCCUCUACGAGUAACGCGAACGGAUCCGGAGACGACGCGAUCUUCCGACGACCAGAGGAGCCGAAAGAAAUUCAGUACCAGGAGUACGUCGAGCUAGAUGAAAUCUACAAACUACGAAGAGAUCAUCUGAAGAAGGAGGAGACGGAUCUGACCAUGGAAAGAGACCGUCUUGAUAGAGAACGACAGCAUCACAUGAGAGAGCUUAAAAGAGCGGCGAAUGAGACAUCUUCUCAAUUCAAGGAUCACCAACUGCUUCACAAAAGAUACCUUAUGCUGAGCUUGCUCGGAAAAGGCGGCUUCAGCGAAGUGUGGAAAGCAUUCGACGUAGAAGAGAAUCGCUACGUGGCUUGCAAAAUACACCACGUGAACAAGGAUUGGAAGGAGGAGAAGAAGGCGAACUACGUGAAGCAUGCGAUGAGGGAGAAGGAUAUUCACAAGUCGUUGGAUCACUGUCGAAUUGUGAAACAGUACGAUCUUCUCACCAUCGACAAUCACUCUUUCUGCACAGUCCUCGAAUAUUGUCCAGGAAACGAUCUCGAUUUCUAUCUCAAGCAGAACAAGUCGAUCAGUGAGAAGGAGGCGAGAAGUAUCAUUAUGCAAGUGGUUUCUGCGCUUGUCUAUUUGAAUGAGAAGCCCACGCCGAUCAUUCAUUACGAUCUGAAACCUGCCAACAUCCUUCUCGAAUCAGGAAAUACAAGUGGAGCGAUCAAAAUCACCGAUUUUGGAUUGUCCAAGAUUAUGGAGGGAGAGAAUGAUGAUCACGACGUGGGAAUUGAGCUGACUUCGCAAUUCGCAGGCACUUACUGGUACCUCCCACCGGAGACGUUCUUGGUGCCGGCGCCGAAGAUCACUAGCAAAGUGGACGUCUGGAGCAUAGGAGUCAUAUUCUACCAGUGUAUUUAUGGAAAGAAGCCGUUUGGAAACGAGCUAACGCAACAGAAGAUUCUCGAGUACAAUACGAUCAUAAAUGCUCGAGAGGUGUCGUUUCCUUCAAAGCCAGGGGUAAGUCGCAACUGUCCGUCAGUUCACUCUUCUUAUAUUUUAAUUUUUCAGGUUAGCUUGGCCGCCCAAGACUUCAUCCGACGGUGCCUGCAGUAUCGCAAGGAAGACCGUGCAGACAUUUUUGAACUGUCGAGGCACGAGUUGUUCAAACCAAAGGGAUCGGUGAGUGCUCAGUGUGAUUCGGGAGGGAAUGCCACACCAGCUUAUGCUCUGUUUCGAGAGAGAGAGAGAGACAGAACCUUCUAGUUGUUGUUUUGUCCCAGUUUUAUCUCAUCUGUUACAGAUUCGUUCUUCGAUCGCCGGUGGUUCAAUUAGCUCGCCCAGCAUCCCUCGCAGCCCAUCAGUGAAUCGCGAAGAGGACAAUCUGUGA